AUGGAAAUGUGCGAUAUGAGUGCAGAAACAGAAGACUGCAUGCACUUGCAUUUGCAAGCUGAUGUGAAACAAAAAAUUGUGAUCACUCACAUGCAUCAUGGCUUCACUCACGGGUAUACUCCAAGUACGGUCGGAGGCUAUGGACCUCGAGCGGAUGGUAGAUUCAGUCUAGUUGCCAGUGGUCAAAGUGGAUUUGCUCCAUUUGGUUCAGGUUAUGGAAUAAGCAUGAAUUUUGAGCCUGGUUUGAAUGCUGAAUUUGGGGGAAAUGCAAAUUUCAAUAGCAAUCUUAGCUAUGGUCGGGGAGUAAAUCCUUAUUUUAUUGGCAGCUCCAAUAGGUUUGGCAGUCCUGUUGGAUUUGUCAGUGGUAAUGGAGGAAACAAUUCCCUGCUAAUGUAA